AAGGUUCAUUCCUGUGGGAGGGAGACAGCUUUAUAGGAUCUGCAAGACAGCUCAGAGCAUGGUAUUGAACUGGACUGAAUCCUGAACAGCAGAGUAACAUUGAGACCGAGAGCAGUAGGAGUACUGCAGUGAAGAGAUCCGGUACACCUCCGCGGUUUUGAGUUCACAUCCUUUGAAAACUAAACGCCUACGCUUCACAAGCACCGGGAAGGAGAUUCAAGCCGUGAGCAUUCAUGAAGGGCACCUCAGGCCACAGCACUCACCUGGACAGGGGCCAGGGUGGCUGCCUGUUCCCUCACAUGGAGACCGUUGUGUUGAAUGGUACGUCACUUGGUCACGGUCAGGAGAGAGCCGUGUGCCCGGGGCGCGUGUCAGAUUCCCGGGUAGACUCCUUCAGCCCGUCCAUGCAGUGGGUCUGCCGGGAGAUCAGUGUCCAACCCACUCCCAGCUGCCAAACGCAGGAGAGGUCUCACCCUGGACUCAGCAGGUCGCAGACAGUCCUGGAGAAGUCCGUCGGCAGUCAGAAGCCCCCUCUCCAUGACAGAAUCCGGCGGGUCAACACCACUCGGGCCAUGGCUCAACAGGGCUCUGCUGCCUGUCCAGAGAGAGGGAAACCCUUCGAGCAAACGUGGAGAAACACUCCGCCCCUGAAAGCAAACUGUGCAGAAAGCGAGCCGCUGUCUCCAAGCCUCGACGAAACAAUUGAGAACCUCAACAACCUGAUUCUGGAACUGGAUCCAAGCUUCCAGCCCAUCAACAGCUGCACCAAGAGAAGCUACUUAUCGAGCAGCAGCAAGAGGCAGCAGGAUGGACCCAGUGACGACCCGCUCCUGGAUGCACAUGGCCCAGGGAUUCUGAUCUACGAUGAAUGGGAUUCGAGAACCCUGCACAAUGGCAGCACCUCACUCAACAGCAAGUGUGAACCGGACUCACCAGGACUGCGGCUCCAAAGCACGGCCAUCUCCAGCACCACUCCCUUCUACAGACUGCCUGAGACCACAGAGUACAAUGUGUUCGCUGCUGGACACACAGACUAUCCUUCCCUGCUACACCAUACCUACACUUCUACUGCUUCCUCAACUCCACAAUUCAGGGCCUCAUCUCCUGACUCUCGGAUUGCGGAAACCCUCAGCAACUCGUCGACGUGGGUGGCCGUGCCGAGUUCCCGACAGACACAGGGGUCCCUGUGCCUGGCUGCAGACUCCAGCUCACCACAGCAGAGUUCCCAGCCCAUCCCAGUUCCAUCCCCCAGCAACUACGCCGGCUCCGUCACCAAUUCCCUGCCUCACCAGCACAGCAACCUGCUCCCGCUCAUGCCCCUCCAGAGAGAAGCCCCCGGCUCCUACCUGUCAACAUCUGCGGGAUCCGACAACCUGAGUGGCCAGGGCCAACAGCGCAGGCUGGGGGAUAGUGUCAGCUCCCUGCUGUCCGCCUCCCCCGGCUGGGACACCUUGGGCAGUCCGCACUCACUGCUGAGCGAGGAUGGAGAGGCGGGGAGGAUUUACCGCUCAGCCGGGAGCACAUACGGAUCAUCCGGAUCAUUUGUGAACCUGCGGAGCCCCCGCACCGUCCCGCCCAGCCCCUGCAACAGCUCAUUCAGCGACCAGCAACUGCACCAGACCUCAGGCAGAGCCGCCGACUGCCGGACUUUGCCCCUCCCCGGAAGGCCGGCACACCCCCUCCAUCCACCUGGAGCCCGGGGAUCGGCCGAUGGUGGGCCGGGGCUGGUGCACCACGGACAAUCCAAGCGGGACGUGAAGAAACAGCCGAGCAGCUGCCCCGCCUCCGCCGCCAGCUCCUGGUCUGACAUCCCUCUCCUCCUGGUGAACGGCAGCACCCAGUAUCCGGACCAGGACCCAGAGCUCCAAAGGCCCCCAUCCACCUCCAGCGGCAUCAGUCUGCCCCGCGCCGUCUGUCCCACCAAAGAAUCCUCAAGGUCUUCCAGCACCACCUCCCUCACAGAUCUCCCAGGCGAUGCAGAACCUACUGUUAAGUUUGUACAGGAUACAAGCAAAUAUUGGUACAAACCAAACAUCAGCCGAGAGCAGGCCAUUGAGAUGUUGAGAGACAAGGAACCCGGUUCCUUCGUUAUCCGAGAGAGCUCCACGUACAUCGGCUCCUUUGGGCUCGCCAUGAAAGUCUCAUCAAACCCCGAAAGUCCCGAGAAAAAGACGGGAGAUUCUUCCAGUGAGUCAGUUCGACAUUUCCUCAUCGAAUUCUCCCGAAAAGGAGUGUGUUUGAAAGGAUGUCCUCAGGAGCCGUACUUUGGAAGCCUCUCGGCGCUCGUUUACCAGCACUGCAUCACUUCCAUCGGCCUGCCGAACAAGCUGCGCUUACCAAGGAGAGAAUGUUUGAAGGAUACCGGUGAAGGCUCCAGUUCUGAGUGGGCGGCUGGCAAAACUUCUCCCCCGAAGAACCAGAGAGCAGACUGCUCUGUUGUGUACUUGAUGUCUGUCACCAUGGAGUCUCUGACGGGACCACAGGCUGUCCUCAAAGCAGCUUCAUUCGUUCUGGAGCAGGAACCAUUGCCCGAAACUACAACUGUUCAGUUCAAAGUGACGGAACAAGGCAUCACUCUCACCGACAGCAAGAGAAAGUUCUUCUUCAGGCGACACUAUCAGGCCAGCUCCAUCAGUCACUGCGGUCUGGACCCCCUGCAGAGGAAGUGGCGGAAGGACAACGAGCCGUCAAGAAUGUUUGCAUUUGUGGCAAAAAAACAGGGAAGUUCUUUGGAAAACGUGUGUCACGUGUUUGCGGAGCUGGAGCGGGAUAACUCCGCACACCUCAUCAUCGGCCUGGUGACCAGAGCAAUACUGGAGCCUCAGAGGAGGUGACCAGGCCAGCAGACGACUUGGCCCCCCCCCCACCCGGCUGCUGCACCCUACGCCGCUCUCGGUGCACGGCCUGCAGAUCUGGCCGUGAGACACGACGGUGCCAGAGACAGAGUUCCGAUCUCCAACCCUGAAUUCCAGCUGUUGGAAUCUGUUCAACUGCAGACAGUGUCGGGAUCAAGAGAUAUCCCUGAGCAAGGUGUUGUGCAAGGGUGGAGCUGGUGCUGGGGCAGAACCACCUUCCAUGUCUGCUCCACAGAACAUAUGCUGUGUUUUCCAAUGGUUUCCAUUCAAAUUCCCUUUAAACUAGGAGGCACAGCCAAGCCACACCAUCCUCUUUUGGUAUCGGUACCCAAUAAACCCUCAGCUUCAUUCAACAUCAACACCCACCAAUAAUCGGCAGUUUCAAGAUCCCCUCUCCAGUGCGGGAGAGUGAGCCCAGAAAACUCAAACGAUGACUGCAGAUGCUGGAAAUCUGAAAUAAAACCAGAAAAUGCUGGAAACACUCAGCAGGUCAGGCAGUGUCUGUGGAGAGAGAAACAGUUCAUGUUUCAGGUUGAAGAUUCCUCAUCAAAACUCACCCCUUGACCCAAAAUGUUGACCAUUCCAGAGAUGCUAUCUGACCUGCUGAAAUUUUCCAGCACUUUCUGUUUUUAUUUCAGAAAGUGAGUCCAUUCCAUUCCUUCAUCUUCUCAAACAACCUCCCGUUUCUCCAAAGUUUUAAUCCCACCCCACCAAUCAGCUCUGCCUCCCUGGAAUGAAACUGAGAUUCAAACUCGCUUAGUUCUCCAGCUGUGAAGAUCGAUCUCCACACCCUACUGCAGUAUUUAUAACACACACCUCUAACAUGCACAGAUGACGUGUUGGCAAGGCCAGUGUGUACUGCCCAUUCCUGAUUGCCCUUGAGAAGGGGGUGGUGAGUUGUCUUCUGGUGAAGGGGCUCCCACAGUGCUGUUGGGAGGGAGCUCCAUGACUUAGACCCAGUGAUGAUGAAGGACUGGAGAUGUAUUUCCAGGUGAGGCUGAUGUCUUAGCUGCUUCAGGGAUGGUGCUCCCGUACACCUUCCAGUGGUGGAGACGGUGGCUUUGGUAGGUCCCUGUAGUGGGUUCAGCAGGACAUCCUGUGGAUCCAGACAUCCCUCCCAAUUAACAUUCCUGGACUUCUCUCUCCCACUCCACUCCACUUUGAUUCAGGGUGGUAUGUAGAAGCAAAGAGCUCGAUCAGUGUGUCAGAAUGCACUGGUAAAGGCUUGCUGCUGUAGGCAGAGUUGAACACUGUCUCUGGCCAGGAGUCCGCAAGGUGACCCAGAUGUAACCUGGCAGAGACCUGGAGAGACAGAACCACAGAUUGAUAGCUGAGUACAAGAGCUGGGACAUCGUGUUAUAGCUGCACAAUUCAUUGGUGAGACCACAUGAAGUAUUGUGCACAGUUCUGGACGCCCAGCUAUAGGAAGGAUGUCAUUCAGCUGGAAAGGGUGGAGAAAAGAUUCGCAGGGAUGUUGCCAGGCCUGGAGGGCUUGGGUUAUAAGGAGAGACCAGAUAAGAUGGGGUUUUUUUCCCUGGAGCUGAGGGGUGACAUGAGAAGGGUUUAUAAAAUCAUAAGGGGCAGCAAUAAAGUGAAUGAUCACAGUCUUUUCCCCAGGGUAGGGGAGUCUAAGACUAGAAAGCAUAGAUUUGUGAGAGGGGAAAUAUUUAAAGGGGACCUGAGGGGCAGGUUUUUCACCCAGAGGGCGGUGGGUGUGUGGAACGAGCUGCCAGAGGAAGUGGUAGAGGUGGGGACAGUUACAGGGUUUGAAGACAUUCGGGCCAAUUGCAGGUAAAUGGGACUGGCUCAGUAGGCAUCUUGGUCAGCACGGACGUUGUGCUGAAAGGCCUGUUUCCAUGCUGUAUGAUGCUAUGACUCUCCGACACCACCAGAGGAGGUCAUUCGACCUGUGCUGCCCUGUAAGGACCAUUUGGCCUGUCACCUGCCCUCAUUCAGUCAGAUCAUCUCUGAUCUGAUCUCAACCUCGGCUCCUGCAGCCUGUUCCUUUAACCCCAUGAACACCUCCAGUGGUGCCCCAGAUCCUCCCCCAGCCUUCGGAAUCCUAGCCCUAUGGGUAUGGAUCCAAUUCUGAUUGUUCUGCUGUCUCCUCCAAGGCCCAGAACCCAAUGCCUUUGUCACCAGUGUCACCAUAAUCUGUUUCCGUGUCCCAGGCCUCUGUAAGUAAAUCCCUGAGCCCCUAGGCUUUGUUUUGCCCUCUAGGGCCUGUGUACGUGUGUUUCCCGGUCCCUCUGUCCAUGUACCUUACAGUGAUGGGGGACCGAUGUGUGACUGUGGUCUAUGGGCUUGUGGGUUGAGCCAGUGCUGACUGCCUCCUGUUGCAACUGGACAUUGUUGGGGAACCCCAGCACUGAGUAACCACAGGUCAACUCAUCGGCUGCAGCUAAUCAGAUGGAUAUUGGACUUCCAAAAUAUCAACCCAAAUCCCACUGUGACAACAGGCAGCAAUACACUGGGGACUGGUGUUGCUUUGCUCAUGUUCUGAUGCUCAGUCUGAGUGCAGUCUAACAGGAAGAGUGAGAAUCCUUCCCAUUCCCAGCCAUCUCGUGGUCUCACUCAUCUCAAGUUCAAAACCAUAGGUCACAAGGCCAGUUGUCAAGUUGAUCCCAGAUCCCUGCACCACUUCCUAACUCAGCGCUUCCCUCAGCAGCUCUGUGUGGUUCCAAUAAACCCCGAGCUGAGGCAACAAAUGCAACAGUUAUGAAUGCCAGUGAUCUGAUGCUCUACAGAGGCACAACCUGGGUUCAAUUCUGACCUCCAGUGUUGUCUGUGUGGAGUUUGCACACUUUCUCUGUGACUGCGUGGGUUUCCUCUGGGUGCUCCGGUUUCCUCCCACAUCCCGAAGACAUGCAGGUUGGUGUGUUAAUUGGUCGCUGUAAAUUGUCGUUGGUGUGUAGGUGAGGGGAAUUGAUGGGAAUGUGGGGAGAAUAAAAAAAUUGGGAUUAGAAUGGAAUUAGUGUAAGUGGGUGGUGGG